AUGAACAGUGCUGAGUUUUACACGUCUAUGAAGAUGCUAGACAUGGAGGUAUAUGGUCUGCUCUCUGCUGCCUUCGUUGGCCUUGUCCUUGUUGCCGCCACGUCUCUCGUCCUUCGAUAUGGACAAACCCCGUCUACCGGGCCGUGGCUGCCCCCAACCAUCAUGCUGGAAGCUGCCUUCGCAGCAGACCGGUAUUCCUCCUCCAUAGUAUCCUCGCUCAUUCGCUUCACGCUGCGUCGUUUGCACGCACUACUCUCUAUCCACCACGAGAUCGUGCCCGACGUUUCUCAAGUCGAGAAGGUCUUCUUCAAGCAAAAUGACGCAUUCGACGUCCACCCAAUGGGCUCCUCGAUGCUACGACGAAUCUUUGGGUGCGAUUUCAAAGGCAUCGCCCGAGAUAAAUAUGUCGAGAUGGUUGAUGGCUUCAUGAAAAUUGUCGCGCGAGAUUUUCUCAAUGAGUCCGCCGUCAUAGCCACUCUUCAUCGGGGCGAUAUUGGGAGCAAACAACAACUCGCAAACACGAAAAUGCUUCCCCUAGAUCCCGCAUACCCAGGGCAUGUCGUGGAGGCCGAUCUCGAGAGCCUCUUGAGAGGGCUGAGCUUCCACAUUUCCAUCCCACUACUGUAUGGAAAUGACUAUCUUGAGCGGAAUCCCUCGGCACUGUGGGAUUGGGACUGCUUUGGAGAGCAGACUGCGCUCCUCGCGCUCGGUGUUCCUACAUGGGUGCCAAUCCCCUCGUUCCAACGUGGGAUCGCAGCCAGAGACAUGCUGGUUGGCUCGAUUUCUGCUGUUUACCGUCGUACGAAGCAAUACAACAACGGCGAGGCCGUCGACCACGGCGCCGAUGUGACUGAUGUGAGUGAAACUGCAUUAGACAGAUACAAGGAGUACGAUCGCCACGGUCUUUCGAUUGAACAUAUUGGCCACAUUGAGUUUUCUCUCCUCUGGGCACAAAAUAAAAACACGCAGCAGCUGCUGUUUUGGUACAUAUUCUAUAUAUACUCCGUUCCCGGUCUGCUAGAUUCUCUGCGGCAAGAACUUACGUCCUCCGGGGCAUUGUUAAUAUCGGCCGAUGACCCUCCUCGGAUAACCAAGCUGGACAUUGGUGCGCUAGGGAAGCAAUGCCCACUCCUGAAGUCAACCUUUCUUGAAUCAUUUCGGGUCACAGAGGAAUCCAUCUUGUUUCGGCGAGUUACGGAGAAACUAACACUAGAUGACGGCAAGGACCAGUAUCAGCUACGCCCGGGAUCCUGGCUAUCAGUAUCCACGGCCCUUACUAGGCACGAUUCUUCGAUUUACCCCCGGCCUCUUGAAUUCCUCCCGGACAGAUUCGUAGAAGCAAGCACAGCGAGUUACAAGACUCUGAGACCAUGGGGCUUGGGCCUGACCAUGUGCAAAGGUCGCACCUUCGCAGAGAAGAAAGUUCUGGCUAUCGCAGCUAGCAUGAUCGCAUUGUGUGACAUUGAGCAGGCAGGGGGGGAAUGGCAACACCCUGGCUUUCGGACUGGUGCCACCAUCCUGGCUCCCGCCUCAAAACUACGCGUACGCAUUAAGCGACGACGUAGGUUUGACUAA